CGCAGACGCGCGGGGGGACUCUGGGCUCGGGAUGGCAUCCUGUGCAGCUCCUCUGCCGCCGGCUGCCAGACCCAGAAGUGAUCAACCCACGACCCGGAAGGUUUGAGCCCUACACUACUGCUGCGUGUGCUGCUCUCAGCGCCAGAGAUUCACCGACAAAGAGCUGUGGACUGAGGGAAAAACAUACCAGUAAGGAAAGUGCCAUGAUAUAGAUUCAAGAUGGCCGAACCACGCUUUAACAAUCCUUAUUUUUGGCCUCCACCUCCCUCCAUGCCAAGCCAGUUGGAUAACCUUGUCUUAAUCAAUAAGAUCAAGGAGCAGUUGAUGGCAGAAAAGAUUAGACCACCUCAUUUGCCGCCAACGUCGAUGCCAUCCCAGCAGCUACUUAUACCACAAUCACCUGCUGAGACCAGCCAGUCUGUCAUGUCGCUGCAGAAGUUACAGCAAGUUCCUGGCCUGCACCCGCAAGCAGUUCCCCAGCCAGAUAUAGCGCUGCAUGCUCGGCCUGCAACAAGUACAGUAACAGGCUUAGCUGGCAUUUCUGCUUGCUUUUCAGGGCUGGGUCUGACAUCUCGCACGAAUGUCAACGUUUCUGAAUCCAGCACUGGCACUAGCAGCGGUAAUCCCUCUACUCCAACCUCCAACAGUCAGACCCGGCUCAUAGCCUCCUCUCCCACCCUCAUCUCAGGGAUCACAAAUUCCCCCAUGUUGGAUUCCAUAAAGACCAUCCAGGGACACAGCUUGCUGGGACCCACAAAACCUGAAAGGGGUCGCAAGAAAAUAAAGGCAGAGAACCCACCUGGGCCCCCCGUGCUUGUUGUGCCGUACCCUAUCUUGGCCUCAGGAGAUAUUGGAAAAGAAGGGAAAACUUACAGGUGCAAAGUUUGUCCUUUGACCUUUUUCACAAAGUCUGAGAUGCAGAUCCACUCCAAGUCGCACACAGAGGCCAAACCCCACAAGUGCCCGCAUUGCUCCAAAUCCUUUGCCAACGCUUCCUACCUAGCACAGCAUCUGCGCAUUCACCUCGGCGUCAAACCCUAUCACUGCUCCUACUGCGAAAAAUCCUUCCGCCAACUGUCCCACCUCCAGCAGCACACCAGAAUUCAUACUGGUGACCGACCCUACAAGUGCCCACAGCCCGCAUGUGAAAAAGCGUUCACACAGCUCUCAAAUCUCCAGUCUCACCAGCGACAGCACAACAAGGAUAAACCAUACAAGUGUCCCAACUGCUACAGAGCAUACACUGACUCUGCAUCAUUGCAGAUCCACCUCUCUGCCCAUGCCGUCAAACAUGCCAAGGCGUACUGCUGCAGCAUGUGCGGGAGAGCGUAUACUUCUGAGACAUAUCUGAUGAAGCACAUGUCCAAGCAUACGGUAGUUGAGCACCUUGUCAACCAUCAUUCCCCUCAGAGGACCGAGUCUCCAGGGAUUCCAGUCCGAAUCUCCCUCAUCUAAAAUAAAAACAAAGAGCACUGGACACUCUCCCCUUCUGUGUCAUCCUUUCACACUGUAUUUUGGGUAGUAGGAGAAACGGUCAACACAGGAGGGGGUGCCAGUUUCACAAGUAGCCUGAGCUCCCCAGUCAACAGUGUCCCAGUAUCCUGGCGUUUAAACAAGUGACUUGGAAAAAAAGGCCCAAAAGGCAGUGCCAGGGCACACUUACACACAUUGCUGAACCCUUUGGCAAUAGACUAGUUAUCCUGCCAUGGAUGCAACUUGGGAGGGCAAUGGUUAUUUGUAGACUGCAGAUCACUCUUUGAUAAAAACCAGAUAACCACACCUUACAGAUAAUAUCCAGACAUUCGCACGCAUUUUGUUUCUGGAUUGAAUCCUCCUUAUGUUAGAGACAUCUUUUCAUCGAGUGACCUCCUGCUUCAUAUUGGAUGCUAUGUGGAGUAAUCAGAUUGGUUGCCUUCAUAUAGUCGUGGUGGUUUCUGGCUGCAGUUUCAGAUCACACAAGGCUAUGACUCUCUAAGCCUAGCCACAUCUGGGAAUGAUCCAUCAGUGAUUUGCAUAGUUUUGGCAAUCGCCAUUUGGUGGCGUGCGGAGUCCCCAGCCUAGCACUUUGGAUCUCACACAUUUUAUAUCUGUUUAUUUUUCCCUAAAAAUUUUUAUCCUCCAUUUUUUACAUACUAGAAAACAAUAAUAAAAAAAAAUAUUUAUUGGCCAAGAAUUGGUGCUGCUAAUCGGGGAAAUUAACAAAAAAAUAGAAACAAAAACUUGUUCUCAUUAUACAUUGGGGCAUAGAACUCACCUGUCCAUGUUAACACCUGUAACUGGAUUGUCUUUCUGAUCAUACCAAAUUCAGUCCCAAAUGUAUCAACAGAGUGAGUUAAUUUCAAUUUUCUAUGAAUAGGAAUCAAGAUAAAAAACUAGUGUCCCUCUGAUAUGAUCCCCACAAAUCUGUGUCCGCUCAUUAUAGUUAAUAAGCUAUAGAGAUUAAUUGUGAGCAGGAAGAUCUGACUUUCUUGGAGUCUGCAGGGGGAGAGGUUAAGGUUUAUGUGAGGUGGAUACAGUUCUUUUUUUCUUUAGUGGCUGUGUUGAAGACAGACCAAAUGAAUGGACUAGUUGCACUGGUUUUACUGCAUUUUCAUCUGUUGAGGGGGAAAGGCAAAUAGAACAGGAGGAGGCACAGCCUUCUAUACAUACCCAGGCAAUACAGUGUUUGCAUCACAUUAAAAGCACUUAAAGCAGGAGCUGUGUAGGCCUAGAGUUUUGCUUUUUUAAGCUGAAUGUGUUAAUUGUACAAAAUGAUUUAAUCACAGCUUCACAUUUUUAAAUGACUGACUUGCAUAGCAUUACUAUAAUUCCAUAGACUGUUGAAUGCACACACUGACCAAGAGUGCUCACUAUUUUAGCCUUGCUUUGAUAUGUGCUGAUGUUAAACUAUAUUGGUGUCUAGACAAAGCGAGUGAACAACUUCUGUUAAGAAGGUUCCAGUGGUGUAAUUAGCAGCACUCAGUAACUAAGACAAAUGUUUAAAAUAUUAAAUAUUAUCAUAUUAUAAAAUCAUAUAUGCACAAAUUGGUCAUCUUAAAGCACUGGUUUUCAAGCCUCCCCAACAGGCCAGGUUUUCAGGGUUACCUUGGAUGAGAGCAGGUAAAAUAACCAUGUUUACUAAUCAGCUGAUUGUUUCACUUGUGCUCUGGUUCAGAUAUCCACAAAAUGUGGCCUGUUAGGGAGGUGUGAGGACAGGUUUUCAUUUAGAAUGUCUCAAAACAAAUUCUCAACUGAAUUGGGUUUGCUCUUGUCACAAACUGAGUAUGCAGACCUUUAUAGUGAUGCCAAAUAUGGCUCAUUCACCUGCAGAAACAGAUUAAUACAAUACAAACAUUAAUAAUUUGAUAUAAGAUAAUAGUUUACAAAAUGUUUAUGAAAUAUAAAUUAAAAAAUGAAGACCAGAACAAGAUUUUGGAACAUUCUUGUUACCAGGAAAAAAAAUCUCUCUUUUACUGCAUGACAAAACAAAGUAAAAGUUAGUUUGAAAUGUCAUUGUUACUGUAAUUGAAAAGCCACUUUAGAAUCAGCAUAGCCAAACAUAUGGAAACUGCAAGGCAAACUGAAUACCAAAUGACUAAUUUUAAAGGGACAGUAAAGUAAAAAGUAAACUUAAAUUGAUUGGAUAGAGCAUGAUAUUUUACCCAACUUUCCAAUUUAAUUAUAUGAUCAAUUUUGCUUAGUUCUUUUGUUAUCUUUUGUUAAAGAGUAUUCUUAGGUGAGCUCAGUAGCAUGCACGUCAAGUCAUCUGGCAGUGGUGCUGGCUACAUUGUUUACAGCAAUGUUAUACAUAGUUGUAUAAAGAAAAAUCUCGGUUCUCCUGCGCUGUUCUUACUUCACAGCUAUUUUCUGACCAAUACAUAGUUGUAUAGACUGCUAUAGACGUGCACGCUCUUGAGCUCUUAUUAGUGUACCUACGUUUGCCCUUUAACAAAGGGUGCCAAGAGAACAAGCACAUUGGAUAAUGGAAGUGAAUUUGGUGAGUUCUGGCCUUUGUUUAAUAAUUAUACUCAGAUCUUGCACUCCAUAGUGGCUUCUUGUUUUCUCAAAAUGUUAUACAUUCAGAAACCACUUGCCGUUCUUUGACUGUUAUAGUUAUUUAUAGGGACAGUGAAGUCAAAAUUUUAUUUAAAUGGACUGGAAUAGGGCAUAAGAUUUUUAAAAAAAACUUUCCAAUUUACUUCUGUUAUCAAAGUUAGAGUAGUUGGUGAGUUCAGGAGUGUGCAUGUGUCUUUAGCUAUCUGGCAACAAUGUUUGCAACUAUGUAUAACAUUGGUAUACAUAUUGUUGCAAUACUGCUGUCAUAGAAUGCUACAGACACUCUAUGGCAGUAGCUUUGCAACUAUGUAUAACAUAGCCAGAAGGCUAAGGACACGUGCACGCUCCUGAGUUUACCUAGGAUUAUUAUUUUACAUAGAAUACCAAGAGAACUAAGCAAAAACUGUAAAUGGAAGUAAAAUGGAAAGUUUUUUUUAAAAACCUGCAUGCUCUAUCUGAAAAGUGAACGUUUAAUUUUGACUAUAAUUUCCCUUUGGACAUAACCAGGAUGAGUGUCACAUUGGGGAUGUUCUACCAAUCUGUUAGCUGCCAGAGGAUUCACUGCAGAAGCCAGAAUUAAAAGCACAUUUUUUUGUUGAAAAUAAGUUGGCUGCAUUAGGUGAAGUCAUUUAGAAACGUGUUAAAUAGUUUAGAUGCUUAUGUUGCUUACUGUUAUUUUAUGGGAAAUCAGUUCUACUUAGAUUAUAUUGUGUCUGCCAGCCAUCCCCAUCACAUCAGUAUUUAGUGUUCUCCUUCUAAAGGUUCUUAAAUCUCUUAUUAAUGGGGGGGGGGACAUGUUAAAGUUUUAUAAGGGAAAGAGGCAAGCUGGCUUUUAUGUUGGUGAGCCGGGUAAGAUUAUAUCUAACUAGACUCUAAAUGGUACAGUGCCCUUAAUCGUGCCGUUCUAAGCUAAGAAUAGAUCUCAAAUUGCUUUUAACCAAAAUUGCAUCUAAGGCACUUUUUAGAAUGUACCUCCAUCUUGACAGGUGAUUUUAAGUGGUCUUGUUUAAAUCCUGUCAAUAGAUUUAAUUACAUAUAAGUAUGAGAGAUACUUGUUUAGAACAUCUGCAGUAUUAAUUUGUAAGGUUUUUAAAGAAAGUCACGGUAGUUUAUUGAUCCCACAAAGCACCCAGGGCCAGGACAGUAGUUGAGGGUAAAAUAAUUAAAGCACUUAGAAAACUAUGACUGCUUUGUACUCUGAAUUUGCCUUAAUUACAGGCUUUGCUUGAUAAUUUACAUUACAUUUUAGAUUUGUUUACUCAGAUAUUACUAAAUUUCACUAGACUGUACGGUCUCUGCUGGCAUAAAAGUUUAAUGUUUUUUUAUGCAUUGCACAUACUCAAAAUUGCCAGAUCAUGAUAUUUUCUUCUAGCAUUUUAUAUUGUUUAUUUUUAAGCUUUAGGUUUAAUUCCCAGGGGAAUUAAUCUCUUUCAUUGUGUGUCUCGAACAGCUUAUUGAUGAUGUACCAGGUUUUUCAGACUUACAGUGUGAAGUAAUUAGCACAACUGAGCUGUAUUUCUGUUUUACUAUAUAGGAGGUUAAGAUAUCCCAUAGUAAAAUUGUUUGUUUUAAAAACAAAGUAAUUCAAAGUGUUUUAAUGAAUUUGCAUCAAAAAUCCUUUUAAGACUAAUUCACUUUAUAUCAAUUUUGCUGUAAUUUUAUGAUGAAAUAAUUAUUUAAAAUACUUUAUUUGUUUUUCAGGUGCAAAAGUUUUUUUUUUUGUUUUUUCUUCAUACAAAGCAGCAUAUAAAUACAACUAUAAAUGAAAAGGAAUACACAAUUUCAGUAUAUGGUAUGAUAUUCUCACACAUUUUGAGGCGGUAUCUUUGAAGUCUUGCUGAUAACUCGAUUUUAUUGAGAAAAUUGAUAUAUAAAUUUGCAUUGUAUCUUUUUGUUGACAUUUGUGUGAUACAAUCAAGGGACUAUUUAUAAAACUUCAAUUGAAAAGCUGGGAUACAAAUGUUUGGCCUAAAAUGGUCAUGUUCUGAUUGUUUACAGUAAACAUCCGAAUGCAAAGUCAUUGGGCGUAUUACUAAAGCAGAGAAUUCCCCUAUGGAAUCAAUUAUUUCCAGUUUCUUUGUUGGUCAUCUAUGGAUCCCUAUAAAAGAAACUCAUCAGAACAUAUGCCUUUUAGAGGUUCCUUUACUGUACCAGUAAAGUUAAUCAAGUGUAUCUCUCCUGGCCUAUAGCUGACAGAUACAACUGAAAGUGUAUCAUGCCCCUAAGUCAAGGUAAUUGGUGUGUUUGUAUAGUUUUGCAAAGAUACUGUAACAUUUGUUGUAAAUGCUUACUGGUGGCUUAUGUUUCAUAUGAUAUCUGUUUAUUGGUCACCAUGAUUUGAUGCAGGCUGUGCUACGUCUGAUUUCUGGGUUAGAUGUGUGCACUUUUUGUAUUUACCUCAUAUUUGUACUAUCCGUUCUUGCUAUAUGUAUGUUUGACGUUUUUGGAAGCAUCUUCUGGGUUAUUUUGUAUGUUGUUAGAUUAUUUUAAUGUGUUUUGCUCUUUUAGAAGGCACCUUCUCUUUUGGUUGUCCUUUUGUGCUCUUGUUGGUUAAGAAUGGAUUCUGUGAGUGGUGACUGUGGAUUACAGUAAGUGACACUAUUAUUAACCAUUAUUAACCAAGAAAUUUGAUGGCGGUAUGAUACAAGGUUCGAUUUUCAGACCUUUUGAGCAAUUUAGAUGAAAGCUUUUAUGAGCAACACAUCACAGGAGUAUUGAGUUUAAAUUAAAUAUUAAUUAAUAAAAUUUGUAAGUCUUGUCAACUGUGGUUGUAUGAUAUGUCCAAAACUGUUGCAUUAUUAGAAGAUAUAUCACAAAGCUGCUGAUGUAGUGAAGAACCUGUUCCUGUAUCAGUUUUCUACACUGUUAUAGGCAUUAUGUUUACACAGUUUUCCUGUGCUCAACCCCAGUCUGGAUAUAUCAGAAGUCCAAAGCACCGUGCAAAGCAUUAAUUUCUACUCUACGGUGGCAAUUUACAGUGUACCCUGCGUUGUUGAUCAUUUAAACUUUUGCAAUUAUAGUAACAUUUUCUAUCUCAUCUUGUUGGGUUAUGCAUGUUGUUUCAGUAUCACAUCUACUGGAGUUUCUGAUCUAUCUAUCCAUGUACUUGCUACUCAUAUUGGGAGGUUACUGAUUUUAUCUUUGUUUUAAUUUUGUUUUCUUUUUUUGUGGAGCCGCAGACCUAUGCACUUCACCUUGUUUACGUAGCCCAUGUGGUGUCUGCACUUUAUCUUGUAAUGUUGCUUAGUUGUGCAUGUAAUCUCAUGCAGAUGAUGUAGCAUACCUAGCCAUCUCUUCUUUCAAGAUGAUGCAUGUAGUGUCCUCUUCAUAUUUUGUGGUGCUUCUUUAUUCUGCAUAUAUUCUCUUAGGAUUUAGCAGUAGAUUUCAGAAGGCCAUCUAAUCCGAUUUCAUGUUUGUACCAUACCUUUUCUAUUUAGUUUGAGGGUUUCCUGGCAUAAUAUUAUGUCUCUAUAGUCGUGUGAGUUUAACAGCAGAUUCCUACAUCCCAUAUUCUGUAUUAUUCUUCAUGGCAUCUCCUGGGUAUAGCAUCAUCUGUCUACAUCCCAUUUUAUUUGCUUUCCUUCAGGCAACUUCACCCCAUGUUGCAGGUGUACCAUCACACCUUUUGUCAUCUCAUCUAUCAUGUUGGCCCAUCUUUAUGGCUAUUUUUAUAUAUUGUUAGUGCAGACUGACCAUUUUAGUAUAUGUCAUGUAAAUGGAAGAGAAAGACUGUUAGCUUUAUGUUAGUGAAAAAAUAGUAAGGAAUUUAUAUCACAUUUGGAGUAAAAACCUUUGGCAAGUAGAGAGUUAGGGAGAGAUUUAACAGGCAUAGUAUAUAUUGUUGGUAAAGUGAGCCACAUUUGUUGAGCUCUUCCAAACAAUUAUAUAUAUAAUGUCCCCUUUUUUCUUAUGAUGUAAGUUUUGCAUACUUCACAGUAUCCGUACAGGAGAUUAUUUGUUUUUUAUUUAGUCCUAUUUGACCACAACAAAGGAGAUGAUAUAAGCAUUACUGUUUUUUCAAGGGCUGAAGUAACUGCUUUUAAAUGUUUAUAAAACAUUUUUUUAAUGAUGAGCCUUCACAAUGUAGUUCUUAAUUUCUAAUGUUUAUUAUCUACAGCAUUUAUAGUAUGAUAAUGUCCCUUUAACAGAAAUGUUGCAGGGGGAAAAUCAUUUAAUAUCCAUGUUUUUCUGUAAAGACACAUUUAAAUCUAAUAUAUGGCACAAAAGAUGAAGAUAUUUUAGUUGCUUCUAUAAUAUUUUACUUCUGUAGUUACACCCACAGUGUUCACAUUCAGUUAUAAAUGAAUAAACUCCUUGCAUUACUCAGUCUUUCAAAUAAAUAUUUGUCUCGGUCACUACACUUUGUCAUUGUAACAACAACUUUUUAGUUUAAAAUUUCAGAUAAUUAAAAAAUUCUCAUAUAUAUAUAUAUAUAUAUAUAUAUAUAUAUAUAUAUAUAUAUAAAUUAUCAAUCAGAGGUUAGUUUUAAAUAAUAAUAAAAAAAAACGUUGUGAUUGGUUCAGAUUAAAAACAUUAACAUCAUUGACUGCUGCUAUCUUAAACUCAUAUCAAUGGUUGAGAUUCUGAUUUGCUAUUGGUCGGAGCCGUCUUACACUUGCCUUGAUGAAUAUAUGGAAAAUGGCAAGAUUAAUGUGCCUAUAUCUCUCAAAAUUUGAUAAUUGAAAAUACUUUAGACAUCUGUUAAUAAAUCUGUUGUAAAUUUGUUUUUUUCGUGGGUGUUAAAGUUAAAGCACGUUCUGUUUCGAAAGACAAACAAGUUAUCAAAAUAUAACAAUGACCAAACAGAAAAUAUAUCCAAAGGUAAAAUCAACAAACCCACUGAGCAGUGUUAUACGUCAGUGGACAAUCGUAUAUGUGUGUGUGUCAAGAUACAUGUAUUGCCUCUUGGUAAUGUAAGUCACGUGCUAGUGGUUUUGAAUGCAACACUCAAAUAAGCCCCCCCUCAUUGCAGGAGUGUGAUUGGUGAGAAUCUGCACAUUUUGACAGGUUUGCAUUUUAUAAAGGUGAAUAUCCAGCUUUUUCCACAAUGAUCGAGUGCUGCCCCUUCCCCUGCACGAAUUCUCUCACACUAGGCCAGCUUUGGUUGUACAUAACUGAAACCAGUGCAUCAAUGCACAGAACAAACAGGAGCACAGGAGACCUCCUCAAGAACUGUAACUGUUAUUUUUUAUACACUUUUUAAGCCUUAACUAUAUUGUUAUUUUAACAGUUGUAUGUUUUAUUAUUUUUGUUUAUUUUUUGUUCUUAGGCUGAGUUGGCUGUCCCCUUCCCCUGGCUUCUAACCUGUUCUUGUAUGGGUUCUGCAGACUGAACUUACCCCUCAGCAUGUUAAUAAUGUGUAAAUAUGCUAAUAUACUUAUUAACAUUUUUUUUUCUAUAUGAAAUACAAGCCACGUGUAUUUAGAACCUAGCUAUCUCAUUAAAUGAAAUUAUAGGGGAUGGGAUGAUGUCUUGUUGCUCUAGGAAGACAUUUAAAAAAAAGAAUAAACUGAAAUAGGUCACAGAUUAAAUAUCGGUUUGCAUUAUGUAUAAAAAAAAAAGAGUAAAAUGUAAAAAAAAAAGUUUAAAAGUUGCUAUUUGUAUCUGUUGUGAAAAUAAACAUGUAAAUGCAACAUUUGUAAA